AUGAAGAUAACCUUGGUCCUAGUUACCCUAGUAGCAUUCACUGCUGCGGCCUCUAUUCCAUCAGGCACCAGCACUCUUAAGGAAGACUUGCACGAUUUUGUCAAACUGCUUCCGCAGGAUGAACUUGCCGAGCUAGCAUUCCACUAUUUCACCACCGAUCAGGAAUUCGAGGACGCCUUUAUUUACCUAAAGGGUGAGGAAUUCUCCGCCGUUUGGGAUCAGUUCUUCGCUCUUAACGAGGUAAAGCAUGUGCUGAACUAUCUUCAGGCUGCUGGUUUGAAUGUUUACAAGGCGUUGAAUUUUUUGGCGGACUUUCUUGAGAAGAAUCACGUUUAUCCAGUGCAAGCUGUUCGGAGUUUGAAAACUAGAGGAAUCAGCAACUUUUUGGAUGAGGCUCUAGCACUGCUUCCCGUACAGGAACUAAGGGCCCUGUUUGAAGAAAAACUGCAAACCAGUCCGGAAUUCAAGGCUUUCUACGAAAAAUUGCACCAUGCUGACUUCCAUGAAUUGGUUGAAUUGUAUAACAAUUCCGGGGAAGUUCAAGGAUAUUUCCAAAAGCUGCGCGAUCAUGGAAUUGAAGUUGAUAAAUUUAUCAAAUUCAUCGCUGGAGUAUUCGGAUGGGGAAAACACUAA